UUUAUUUCAACGGUCUCGUCCUGGAGGCGUUCUGCAGGUUCUGUCAAAAGUUGCCCUUUGAGAGUUUUGUCGGUGAAAGGGACAGCAGAAAAUAAGUGGGUGUGUCCUUUCCUUGGUCUGGUAUAAAAAAGGCUUGUGAAACCUGUUGGCACCUGGCGACUUUUCACUCUCCUUGGAAUACUUUCAGUCUUUGUGUCCUCACCUCUUAGACCAAAAAAAGAGAGCAUUGAUCCUCGCUUUUCUUCCCGGCACUCCACUUGCCGUCUUGCCUGGAAACAAAGAACUCUGCAAAAAAUUUUUUUUUUUUUGUUUUUUUUUGGGGGGGGGGUGGUAGGGUGGUGGUCCGGUCAAGAUGAUGCAGGAGGUGUCGGUCACUGUGUCUUGUGACCCGCAGAUGUCGGAGCAGAUGACGGAGGAGGAGAUUCUGGCCAGUCUGGUGGCGGAAACUGGACCCAUCUUUCCGGAGGUGCCGACCAAGAAAGCCAAACUGAGAGAAAGCCGCCUGCAAAUAAUGGAAGACAAGGAAGACUCUUUGAACAAAUACCAGCUGGAGAACCGCCGUCUUCAGCAGGCCAGCCUCCGCCUGGAGCAGGAGAACGACAAUCUGGCCCACAAGCUCAUCACCAGCAAAGUGGCCCUCAGGAACGCCCUGGACAAGGCGGAGGACAAGGUGGACACGCUCACCAGCGACCUCCAGCUGACCCGCUGCCGUCUGAAGGCCGUGGAGGAGGAGAAGCAAAGGAUGGAGGAUGAAACGGCCAUGUUGAAGGAGGUCCUGCGGGGGGAGCUGGACAGAGCCGAGCAGGAGGCCAAAAGGUCGUCGGGCAUCAUCGCGGACUAUAAGCAGAUCUGCUCUCAGCUGACAACACGACUGGAAAGAGAGCAGCUAACACACUCACAGGAAGUCAACUCGCUCAAGAGCAUGUUGAAGUCGUGUCACGCUGGAGAGUCGGAAGAAGACGACGAAGACUACGACAAAAUGUCCAUCACAACACCGUCGCCGGUGGACGCCGUCCUGUUCUUUCCGGGCUGGAAGAAGAAUCAUGGCGGUCUGAGCGAGGCGGAGCAGAGGAGAGACGAGCAGGAAAAAGCUUCCUUCAAGGCUCAGAUCAGACAACUGGAGAAGGAGCUGGCUCAGACCAAACUGCAGAUGGUGGAGGCCAACUGCAGGAUCCAGGAGCUGGAGCACGAGAGAGGCAUCCUGGCCAACGACCUCCAGGAGGCCAAGAACAACUGGAUCAGCAAGGCCUUCACCUCGCUGCGCACGUCCGCCGACGGAGCCCCGACGUCGGGCUGGAGCCUCAACGCCAGCUCCCUGUCUGGCUGGAAACUGUCAUGGCCGCACAACAAAGACGGUCAAAAAGACAAUAGCUGACGAGAACACGCUAACGAACUCAGCUGUAAUAUACGUGGAACGUGGAUAUAUUUUUAUGUUUCUGUCAGCGGGGGAACAAUAUUGGUACCGCGAGAAUGAAGUUGUGAUGUUUUGUACGUCAGCAAUAAUGAUUGUCUCGUGAGUGCGGAGACAAGGGAGAACAAUAAAAGUGAGUGGGAAAUUGUUGCUUGUCAAAAAAGUGAAGAUGUAUGUCCCACACCUGCACAACUGGUUAGACAGCACCUGUGGUUAGAAGUCAACUUAGUCAAUACUGCUUGUCUCACACAAACUAAACCUCAAUACAAUUAUAAAAUAUGUUUUUUUCUUCACAUUUUGUUUCAGUAUUUUGAUUUUAUUCUUGUAAAUGAUUAAAAUGUAUUUAAAUAUUUA